UCAGUGCGUGUAUGGGUAACGUAGUACGGCGGCGGACACGUGGGGCGUUGCGUCGCUGUCCAUUCGAAGUUUGCGGAAACAUGGCGGGACUGGAGCUGCUGUCGGACCAGGGCUACCGUCUGGAUGGAAGAAAAGCCACCGAACUGCGGAAGGUCCAGGCCCGUAUGGGGGUGUUCGCUCAGGCCGACGGUUCCGCGUAUCUAGAGCAGGGAAACACGAAGGCUCUGGCUGUGGUGUACGGACCUCAUGAGAUGCGAGGUUCGCGCAGCCGGACUCUUCACGAUCGAGCGGUCAUCAACUGUCAGUACAGCAUGGCCACCUUCAGCACAGCAGAGAGGAAGAGGAGGCCGCAUGGUGACCGCAAGUCUACCGAGAUGAGCCUCCACCUGAAGCAGACAUUUGAAGCUGCUGUGAUGACCCAGCUGUACCCGCGUUCUCAAAUAGACAUCUACGUCAAGAUUCUGCAGUCAGACGGAGGGAACUACAGCGUGUGUGUGAACGCUGCCACUCUGGCGGUGAUCGACGCCGGCAUCCCCAUGCGGGACUACGUGUGUGCCUGCACGGUCGGGUUCGUGGACGAGACGCCCCUCGCUGACCUUUGCUACGCAGAAGAAAGCGGAGGAGUGAGCUCUCUGGCCUUAGCGCUGCUGCCCCGGGGCGGACAGAUCGCCCUGCUGCAGAUGGACGCCAGACUUCAUCAGGACCACCUGGAGGCUCUGAUCGAAGCUGCCAUGACAGCUUGUAAAGGUGUGAGCAAGGUGCUGGAUGAGGUGGUGCGACAACAUCUCCAAGAAGUGUCAGUGCUCACCGGAGAGUGAAGAAGACGGGAGGAGAGGUGAACAUCUGGACUGUAGCUUUGGUUCCAGCCAAGAGAACGUUAUUGGACUUUAUAGAGAGGAAUGAUGGAGUGAAUACUUUUUUUAAAAUAAAUUCAUGGCAGUUAUACUUUUGUACAGUAUAUAUGUAGAGAAUCGAACAAUAAAUACGUCAACCCUGAA